ACCCCACAUCCAUAAGAGUGAAUUCUGAGGCUAUCAGCUCUCCUUAAGGAGACUCAUUGGAUGCUUUCCACGGCGCUUUGGGGGGUUACCCCUGUCUGACUCGUCCAACCGAUCUCCACCGUUUUCGUUUCCUCAACGGCGACAUCAGCCAAUCUCGUCUAUCCAUAUCCUUACCACCAAACACACCAUACCAGGGACGAGACCUUUUGCAACAGAAUCUGAUGGACAUGCAAACCUGAACCCUUAGCAUCGUAGUAGUGCACGUCCUCGAGGUGGUUAUCUCGGAAUGGGUGGAAAUCCAGGGGAGGGGGACCGUAGUCUAUAUUCUCAGUGACCUAGGCGUUUGACGAUCCUUAGUUCCAUUCAUCCCGUUGUUCUCUUUCGCUUUCUUCCGAAAGGUGUAGCACUUUUCUUCCCGAACUUCACUCUCAGAUAUAUCAUUAAUAUAUCAAUAUUACGUAGGGUGUUUAGUUCCAAGCCACUCUGUCUUUUUUUUCCAGAGGAAAAUGAGAGUUUUGCUGUUCCUUACAACCCAUUUUUGAUGAUCUGAUCAUCGUAGCCCGGCCGCGCCGGCCGUUUUUUCUUUUUCUCUUUCUUGUAACCUCAUUUUAUCUUGAUUUCAUUUGCCCAGAGCGGCGGUAAUUAUUUCCUGUUCGACUUUUGCGACUGGUAUCGCUUUAUCUAUUCUCACAAUUCACGAUCAUGGCUUCUAUUACGACUCGUAAGGGUAGGAGGUGUACGGCAGUGCCGAAAUUAGUACAAAUCGAACAAGCAACACCUGUAGCCUCUAGUUCUACAUCAACAUCGACAUCAGAAUCUUCUUUAUUGAGUUCAACUUCUUCGACAUCACUAUCUUCUUCGACUUCGACAUCAACCUCGACUUCGACUUCAAUCUCGGCUUCAACACCUUCGUCUAUAUCUAGUUCGAUAGCGACCGAAACCCAACAAUCCCUACCUGAAAACCCGGCAGAACGAGAAACCACCCCUACCAGUACCCUCCCUACGGAAAUACUCCCAGGACCAGCAGAUACUGCUGUUUCUGCAUCAUCUCCAACGCCAGCCGUAACUGACACUGAUGGAGUUUCUUCAUCUGCUCUUCUUAUUGACACCUCUCCUACCCCAUCUCCUACCCCGUCCCCUGCUCAGCCAGAUACACAAAUAUCGAGUUCCGCAGAUCAGGAUAAUGGCUCUGCAUUAUCAACCCCCUCCCUUUUCAACCAACCGGUAGAUUCUUCCUCAUUCGUCAGUGCUGUCGAAAGUACGGCAUUACCAACAAUAGCGACGACGGAAGCCUCUAGCUCGGCAGUGGAGACUGGAGCAAGAGGGACAGAAUUGCCAAGUACUCAAAAUACUCAAAAGCAAGCGACUGGCAAUGCUAUCACUACGGGGCAGACGGUAGCCAUAGCGGCUGGGGUUGUUGGUGGAGUCAUAGCCAUCUCUUUAAUAGCAUUUAUAAUCUGGUUCUGGAGGAAGAGAAAAGCGCAGGGACGGAGGAGCACCAUGUUGACGUCUAUGUCCCCUAUUGCGGAAUAUCGCGGCAAUGAGAAGGAGCCUUAUCUCAUUAGUCGGAGGUCUUUGGGUCCGACGCCGCUCCCUCAAAAGCUCUGGGCGACUGUUGGAGCUAAGUAUAGAAGACUGCGCGGGCGUGUUGGCUAUAUCGUGACGCGCAGCGGCAGUCCAAGCCCUAGCGUCAAUCUUGACCGCGGCAACUCCCAAUUUGGCCUGCCGGAGCCAAUUCAUAGCCGAAACACUUCGAAUACGGGACCUACAACGAAUAAUGGACGCCCCGUGGAUUGGUGGAGCCGGUUGGCGGAAGAUGAGAAUUCCAACUGGCAAAUACGUGGUGAGCCCGAAAACAAUGGGCCUGCGUUUGGCUUCCGGCCCGAGCGAGAAAUGGGAAGUGUGCAAGGGGACGCAAACGGCAAUCGGCGGCGCUCAGUAUCCGUGGGUGGCGAGCAGCACUUCCUCGGCGGUAUAGGAUUAGACCUGGACUCGGCAGACCCCUUUUCCGAUAUGAAUGUUAUAGGCAACAAUGCAGCCAAGACCACGUCUCCGGUAGUCUCUGCAGUAAACAACCCAUUUUCGGACUCUAACGCUAUUAGGGCUCCGUCGGGUGUUGUAAAUGGAGGAAUCGCAACCUAUGUGCAAAACGCCCGUCACUCCCGUGGCCAUAGCGUCAAUGUUAGCAUUAGCCGCCAGACGAGCAAUGCUAGCUACCGGACGAGCGUGGGUACUGUCGGCACGCGACGUAACAGGUUCCGCUCCGACCCCUUCGAUUUGGAUCGCCCGGAUCUUCUACGCAGCGCCAACUCCAGUAUGGACGCCACUGCCGGGUGGGCCAGCAGAGCCAGCCGCAGUAGCAAUUAUACGGAGAGCGUGCCCAGUAUCCCACAGCAGGCCCAUAUGAGGAGCGAAAGCUUCACGUCGAAAUACUCGAGCGGCGUAAGUAGCAUGGGUUGGGGCGAUCCCGGGCCGGACGUCGGACCGGCAGUUGAGCGGUACACGCCGAGUCCAGACAGCCGACUGGGGCGACGGGAUUCUGACGCUAAGAGCAGCAAGAGCCAAGGUAGCGUGGGCAAAGCCAUAUAGGACACCCACGCUUGAAACUUAAAGACACAGCAAACAUAGUGUUUAGAUUGGCGUGGGAAGAGCAUCAGACGACGAGGCGUGACGCGAGCAUUGCUGCUGGUUGACUAAAGC